AUGGAAGUUCUGCAUCAACCCACGGAACGGAUUGACAGGGAUGUGGAGAAUACAGACAGUCCGAGGGAGGAGGAAAACAGUAAAGAUGUUGUGACAAAAUUUACGAAUGCGCCCUCCCCCCCUUAUUUGUGGACGCGUGUGGGAAUCCGGGAUGCUCAAGAACAUCUUUAUUGCUGUUGUUGCUUUUUCGUAAGCGGGGAGAGGAGCGAUGCCUGUAGCCAAGCCAAGAGAAACACUCAGCCCCAAAGGUACUCUCAGCUCACCCCCAGACACAAGGAGUCCCUACACGUCAGUGCAGACAUCUUUGCCAAGUUCUCGGCCUACAUCAAGAACCCUCAUAAGGAAGUGAACAAGAAUCUGGAAAAAGCUUUGCUGAGAGAGUUCAAACGGCUGGAUGAUUAUCUGAACAGCCCGCUCCCAGAGGAAAUUGACCAGGACAGCAUGGAGGAAGUGCUGGUCUCUAGCAGGAAGUUCCUGGAUGGGGACUGGAUGACAAUAGCUGAUUGUAACCUGCUGCCCAAACUCAACAUCAUCAAGGUCGCUGCAAAAAUGCACCUUAAUUUUGAGAGAGAUCCCACCCAAGAGAUGACCCUUGCGUCUGGUAUACCACAGAAUGCUUACAUGCUUGAUGAGUUCAGCCACACGUGCCCAGCGGAUGAAGAGAUUGAACGCACCUAUGCCAACGUGGCCAAGAAGAUGAGCUAAGGACGGUGUUCCAAGAGAGGCAGCCAGGAUGCUGCCUAGACUUUCCAACUCUCCAUCCAAGCUGGAAGUUCUUGUCAGGGGCUGAUUUUGUUGUGUUGAUUUCUAGAGAGCUCCCUGGCCUGGUCACUUCAGCAUACUAGACCUCAAUGACUCCUUCAGCCUAUUUAGAAAACAAUUUUGGACUGUGGUUUCUUCUGUCACACCUGCUUUCCCCCCACAAAUAGGCUGUAUCUCUGUACCUUGUAUCUUAGUGUGCAUGUGUCAUACAGACCACUUUAUGGAGGUGGAAGCAGCCGAUUGCUCCUUAUCACAAGUUGGAGAUGCUGAAAGCUGUCUGUGGUCGAUUGCAGAAUCCUUCUCCAAGCCAGGCCUCUCUGCUCCUGGUCCUUGGAAUUCAGAUCUUCCGUUUUCUUCAUAAGCUGAGAAGUUAUUUUUCUCCAUGCUGCCUGGAGAGGACUGUGCAUGUACAGAGUGUAUUGCUUUUCAAACUUCUAGCCUUCAGAAUAGGGUAGAAUGCUGCCUCUCUUGCUUUUACCCUCUCAAGCAUAGAUUGACUGUUUCUAGUCUGCAGGAUGAUCUAAAGGCACGUGGUGUUGACAUCAAGCAACGUCAGUCUGUCGGGAAUCAUGUGUGUGUAACCUCUAUCUGUGGGUUCUGUGGGGCAGAAUUUGGAAUGAGUUUGCAACAACACACAAUGCAUCAGCCACACUGAGCUCUCCAGAGGACACGGAGUGUAACAAACUAGGUAACUGUCCAGAUCAGCAUGUCAACACACAUCCAGGGAAACUCCCUAUUUGCACUUCUGCCAUUUGGAGGAAACAUGUAUACGACACACAACUCGUCUGUGUUUUCUCCCAAAGGAUCAAUUUCCUUUGUUUGAAGUUCGGGAAGGGGUUAAACCCCCUCCCUAAAUGCACACGUGGCCUCAAUUUGAAUCAAGGCCCACAAAUUGCAAAUUUGAAAUGUUGUAAUUUGCAAAUUACAAAACACUCCAGAAUCUCAGCUGGUUUGGGCCCGAGGGUUCAAUAUGCUUAUCUAGGCUAGAGAAUGAGAAAUGGUUUUCUAGACCUGAGAAACAGUAGGGUGAAAGCCAGAAGGGAGGGUGUUUGGCAAGAGCCCAGGGAGAAUCCAUAAGUCUAGCAGGUGCUGCUGAAAAUGGUGGAAGUAACCUUGCAAUUCUACUGGGGUCGGUCGCCCUCUAAACAUUAGUAGCAUUCUCUCCCCAGUAACAACAGUGUCAAGUGGUAGCUUGCUAAAUUCACACCCUUCCCAGCACUGAGUGCCAAUCGUUGCUGCAGCUAAGCUGUCAGCAUCUCUGGGCAGACCCUCUUGGGUUGUAUGCCAGACAUGGAACUAUGCAAAGUAUGGCCCUUCUCCACUUCCUGGCUGGGCCCGGCUGGGCCCGCACAGGUGUUGCCUCAUGCGGAGUUGAACAGAGGUGUUACUGGAACCUUUUCAAUCAGACAGAUGGCACAAGGGCCUUUCCUUAUUUAGAAAUGGAACAGCUGUGUGUAGCAAGGUAGAGCGUAGAGCAGGUGCAGGCCUGAUAGCCCUUGACUUGGCACAUGGCGGAGAGAAAAUCUGCCAUGGAAACUGCUUUCCGCAGCACAGGGUUGAAGCAACAGGAAAACACUUCCUGUUGAAUAUCAGCUUGUGAUCAGAAAUAGUCAGUGAGUUCCAGCAUCUACCCUGUUUCCCCGAAUAUAAGACAUCCCUGGAAAAUAAGACGUAGUAGAGGUUUUGCUGAAGUGCGAAAUAUAAGGCAUCCCCCAAAAGUAAGACGUAGCA